UGUGCAGCUUCUAUGGGAAUAUGAAGAAACGUCAAAAUAUUUUGUUUUGUUUUGCACACCACAAGUCCUCCAAUCUAUUUCAACAAAAAUAUUUUCUGAUUUUACUGAAACUAUAAAAAUAAAGAUAUGAGUAAAAUAAAGAAGCCAAAGUCUUUCCAAAAGCCACCUCCAUUAGUAGCGCCCCGACGUGAAACUCCGGAAAAUGAAGCACAAAUUGAAUUGGAACUUUGUUGGUGUGUUCAACAGUUGGAGAAUGCGCUUAAUUCAGGAAAGCUGUCGCAAAAAAUUGCCGAUGACACUGUCAAGAAUAUAAAGGUGCUUAAAAGUUCGACUGCGCCGCUUGUUAAAAAGCGCCAGGUAAUGAAGGCCGCUUUGGGAGAUUAUCGCGCUAAAAUGAAGGAAGAGGAAAAGAAGAUGGCUCUUGCGGCCAAACAAAUCAAAUUUACACAAACCAUUGAAGCGAAUAAAAAGUCAAGCUUCCUCAAAAAAGCUGCUAUUGUGCAAACGGGGAAAGAGUUCCGCUUCAAUUUUCCAACUCCAAACAGUACGGACGUAACAGAAUCAGCGGAUAACGUUACGAGCACGGAUAUUAAGAAUGAACCUACUCCAGUCAUUGGCAAAGACCUCAAUUUAACAGGCGGUGGUUUCAAAUUCAAUUUUAUUGUAGACGAAAAUAACGAUGAUUUAAAUUUAAGUGGACUGUCCAUUAAAAGCUAAAAUUAAGAUGAAAAAGUAAACUUAACACUGUAUAUUUCGUGUCAAAGAGACUAUAAUAUAUAUACUUUAAAUAUAUCAAUCAAAAUUUAUUUAAGAUCUGUGA